GUAGGCAAAAAUUAUAUAACUUUUUGCCGUCAUCCUUGUCCGCCACCCGACUUAUUGGAUAUUGAACAGGAUCCAGAAGAAUUAUCGCACGACAAACAGCAGCAAUAUAUCUUUUCAGAAAAGCCUAUAAGUCAAAUUCAGGAAUUCAGUAAAGGACAAUUGGAUGAAAUUAUAAUGUUACCCACUCCUGUUCCAUUAUUGUCAGCAUACGAAACUAGUAAACAGAAAAAUGAGCAGCAACAAUCGAUUGUUGAAACACAGCUACCAAGUCUAACCGGUAAAAGCAAUUCAGAUUUAUUUCGGGAAGUAGUCGGGGAUCAUCAGGAAAACAAAGAAGUGGAUCGUGUCCGGACAUAUGAGGAAGAAGACUUGCAUGAAUUGCAAUCACAACCGGGUCAGAUCAAUGACGAAAUCAGCAAACCUAUUCCAUUUAACAUGAAUGAUGAACAGGCACAUCAGUUAAUUAACUCUCAGGAUUAUCAUGGACAUGAAGAGCAUGUUGAUUACAAUCAACAGCACCAGCAUCAGCAACAACAACAACAACAAAUCGAGGAUUAUUCUCAGCAAGAUGAUUAUCCGGAACACAACAGGAAUCAACAGCAACAAGUUAUUUCUGAAAGUGAUAAUGCAAGAGAAACUGAAUCUGAUGGGAUUGACUAUGGUUAUGAUGAUGACAGUCAAGAAGAAACUCCGGCUUCUGCUGAUCAAAAACCGAUUCACCCAACCCAAAAUGAGCAUAAGCAACAUGAUCUUGCUGACAUCUCAGAUACACAGCAGCAGGAAGUACGGCAGCAUUUAGAAGCACCAUCUGAUGAUUUCUAUCACCAGCAACAGGGACGACAAGAGUUUGGUGAACUUCCAGCUGAAGAUUAUCAUCAUGAGCAACAACUACAUUCACAGCCUUCUGAAUCUGAAAGUGAUGAAUACUAUCGCCAGCAGCAGCAGCAACAAGAGUUCCCUACAGCUUUACCUGAAGAUUACCGUCAUGAGCAACAA